AUGGAAGAAGAAACGGACGGAUCGCCAGUAGAAGAUGGCAUCAGCCAUGUUCUGUCCAUCGGCUCAACAUCUCGCGAUCUGCAGACGGCAUAUCUCAUCAUCAGCCUGGUGUUGUCUGUGGGAUGCGGCCUGCUGCUCAUCUUCUUGGUUUGGAAGAAAGAGUAUCUGCAAAAGCCCAGCCACUUCCUACGGUGUAACCUGGCGGUAGACGACAUCAUCUUCACCGGCUGCCUGAUUCCCGUCCGAAUCAACGCACUGUGGGUGUUCCAGACCAAGGCAUUCAAAGUCAUGGUACCGCAUGCUAUCGUUUUGACCGCAUCCUUAAUCACUACCCUUUUCCGCGUAGCCACGCUACGAGCUGUCAUCAGUGAGGAACAGAUGUCCCAACGCGCCCUGAUCAUCGCUGCACGCGUGGCCCUCCUCCUGUACCUGACGCUAUCAUCCAUGGCCAACCCCGUCAUCUACAGCCUCCGGCUGCCAGAGUUCCGCCGAGCCUGCAGGGAGCUGUGCGGAUGGCGGACUAACGCUAACCCACCGGCGGUACCGGCACGGCGUCAUCGUCAGGACGAAGUGGAGAUGGCCACCGUCACCGGUCCCAGGCGCGGUGCGCCGGCCUCAGAAUUGGCUCCAGCUCAAACCUCUUCAGAGGGAACGAUCAUCCAGCCGACGGCGGAGUUCAUACCUUCCGACCAAGCACGAAAGCAGACCACACAAGCAUUCCUGGACCAGCGCCUCGAACAGGGUACCGUGGCCGAGAGCGCUUCAGGCCGACCGUCGCGGCUAACAGUGACGGCAGAGGUACACGCUGAGCCAACACCGCAUCACAAAGAGGAGGACAUGACCGUAACGCUUCCCGGUCAACUACAGACGGAUGCCGAGACAACAGACGUCCCUACACUAUAUUUGGACACCGAGAUCGACGAGGCAACAUCAGGAGGCACUUUGAACCGGCCAGCUGUGCGUACGAAGUUGGCAUGGGGAGAGGAUACAAUCCAGUGA